AUGAAAGACCUUAGUUCUCUUCACUAUUUCCAUAGUAUCCAAAUUAGUCCAGCCACUGAUGACCUUACCCUCUCUCAAACCAAAUAUGCCAUUGAUAUUCUAGAACGAGAUAAGAUGCAUGAUUGUAAACCUAUGGGCACUCCCAUGAUGCCAAAGGCCAAAGGACUUACCUCUCAGACACCAUUCUCUAACCCUGCUCACUACUGCAGUAUUGUCGAUGCACUCCAAUACCUUACCCUUACUCGUCCUGACCUCUCUUACAGUGUUAACUUUGUUUCUCAAUUUAUGCGUUCACCUACUGAAGCCAAUUAUAAAAUGGUCAAGCGCAUUCUUCGAUAUUUGAAAGGCACUGUAGACCUUGGUCUUCAUUUUAGUUCCCAUUCUACACUUGAUCUAUAUGCCUUUUCUAAUGCAGAUUGGGCAGGUUGUCCUAUUACCAGGCGCUCCACCACUGGCUACUGUGUCUUUCUUGGAAGCAACUGUAUCUCCUGGUCUGCAAAAAAACAACACACAGUCUCUCGAUCAAGCUCUAAAGCUGAGUACUGA